AUCCUUUAUUUAAGGCAAAAUUCCUCUUUUCCUAAGCUGAACUCUUAAUGACCUUAAAACAAUAACACAUUGCAUGUUCUUGCAAUGGAAACAUCUCCAAGAUCUUUUAUCUUCUUGCCCGUGGCAAAUAUUUAUGAGGAGAAAAUUAUUGUAAUUACAUUCUUCUUUUUGGGAGUUUCUGGCGGCCGGACAUGUUGCUCUCGUCGAACGAUCCCUCUCAGGAUCGCUAUCAGCGCCGGUUUUCUAUUUUCUUAGAUACUGGAAUCCAGGGUUGUUUUAGCCUUCAGGAGGAUAUGGUGAUAAAUGGGAAGCAUCAGGGGGUGUUUGGAGGUCGAGAAAUUGUGGGGGAGUUUAAUUCUCUUUGUUUUGAGUGUGGUGGCCUGAAUUUGGUUGAAGAGCAGGAUCAUAAUUCACUUCGGAAAGAACAAGAAAUCAAGUCGGAGGAUUUAAUAUCGGAAGAAUUGAGUUUCGGUUAUGGUUUUACUAACGAUCACCAGCUGCUUGAAGAAAUUUCGAAGCGAGAAGUGCGAAAUCCCAAGGACAUGUUAUCGGAGCUGUCAUCUUCGGAGAUUCUUAGGAACUACGGAGUGGGAUUGAAGAAAGUGAAAGUGGAAUAGUGGAUGAAUUUGGUGAUGGUCCUGGUGGAAAGAUCAAUAGUGGCGGUGAGAAACUCGCAACGGAGGAAAUCAUGAGGGUAACCGGAGCAAGGUACGUUCAGUCCUCGGACUGAGGUACGAUGUUGAUGCACCCUUUUGGACAUGCCCUCAGUGGAUUGUCCGAUUAGGAGACCAAGGAUGUGGAACUGCUGCAUCUGCUCCUGGCUGCAGCUGAGAAAAUCGGAUACCAGCAAUUCGAACGUGCCAGCAGAUUGCUUCCUCGGUGUGAAUGGAUCGCAUGGGAGAGAGCUAAUCCGGUGCAGAGAAUUGUUUACUACUUUGCGGAAGCUCUUCGGGAGAGAAUUGAUAAAGAAGCUGGGUGGGUGACAACCAAGGAAUCCAAGGCCAGGAGCAGCUGAGUUUCAGCAAGUCAUUGAUUCACAGGUUUAACUGAUGUUAGAUUUCAAUUUCAACAAAAACCACAGCAUUAUUGUGCAUUCUUUUGAUCACUGAGGCGGUAUGACUUGGCCAAGGUAAUAACUUGUGUGCCUAAAGUUCAUUAAGCAGUGUUGAUGAACUUGUCAAGUUUAAAGUCCCUUCACUUGCCUUGCUUACUUCUUAAAAAAUACUCUGUGAAUUAGACUUUAAUUAAUUGAAAAAGUCAGGUGUUAUAAUUUUGUGCUCUCUUUAUACCCAGUACUUCAGCCAUUCUCUUACAUUCAAAGCCAUUAGGAAAAGAUUGUGUACAUUUAUUUCAUUGCCUUGGUUUCAAGUUCAGAAAUAUCCAUACUGGCUCCAUCUUCAUUGUUUAAACUGGUAUAUUACUAGAACUUAGAAAUGCUGCUACCUUGUUCAUUGCAGUAUGUCCUUUACGCAUGCACAGUGUGUAAUAUUCAUGAAUUACAUCAUUCAUGGUGUAUAGUUGCAUAAAUACGUCCCUAUAUGUUCUGAUGCUCUGGAAACAAGGUAGAAGAAAGUCCAAAUUUUGUA